AUGUAUGCUAAGUUUAUAAAGGAUUUGUGCAUGAAUAAGGAGAAGAUUCAUGACUUAGAAACUAUUUCUUUGGGUAGCUCGAUUUCUGCUUUGAUGGGUGCUAUACCGGAGAAAUAUGGUGAUCCCGGUCCAUGUAUGGUUACAUGCACUAUUGGUGGUGUACAGUUUGUUGAUUGCAUGUGUGACUUAGGUGCAUGUGUCAGUAUUAUGCCAUUAUCUAUUUAUGAUGCUUUGAAGCUUCCACCAUUGAGAAGGUCGGCAGCCCAAUUUGUUUUGGCAGAUAAGAGCAUAAUCUCAGUAGUUGGAAUUGCGAAAGUCGUCUUGGUGACCAUUAAUGGGUUGAUUUUUCCUAUUGAUUUCUACAUUCUUGAGAUGCCCCCUAAUGACUCAGGAAGACCGUCAUCUAUCUUGCUUGGAAGGCCGUUCUUGAAGACCUCUCGGUUUAAAUUGGAUGCCUUCUCGGGUACCUACUCCUUUGAGAUUGAUGGAAGAGCAAUGAGUUUUAACCUUGAUGAAGCUAUGAAGUAUCUACUGGAAGACCACUCUAUCUUCCAGUGUGAUAUUUUUUAUGAAACUGUGGCUGAAAUUCACCAAGAGACAGUUGAUGAGAAGAACAUGGUGAAGGGUUCAAGUGUGGGGAAGCCCCAUGAGUAUACUAAAGACACAUUGCCACCUCCAAUGGUUCCAGAUGAUCAAGUGCCACGCCAUGAGCUGAACAUAGAGUUGAAGCCCAUUCCACCUCACCUAAAAUAUGCUUAUUGA